AUGACCAUCUCCUCCCGCCUACCCGGGGUCGCCCUCAUCACAGGCGCUGGUGGGACAGGCAUCGGCGCCGCCGUCGCAAGGGCAUUCGCCGUCAACGGAUGCACGCGCUUCGCCAUCACCGACCUCAACGCCACGUCCCUGUCCUCCACCCACGACGCGGUGCGCGCCCUGAACCCAUCCGCCGAGAUCCUCUCCACCUCAGGCGAUGUCUCAGACGAAUCCUUUGUCGCCCGCUUCGUCAAAGACGCCAUUGGCACGUUUGGUCGCGUCGACUACUCCGUCCAGUGCGCGGGCAUCCUCGGCAAGGGCCUGCGCUCGCACGAGGCCACGGUGGACGAGUUUGACCAGAUCAACCGGGUCAACUACCGCGGCACCUGGCUGGUCUCGCGCGCCGUGCUGGGUCACAUGAUUGCCCAGGCGCCGCUGGACGCGCACAGCAAGCAGCGCGGCGCCAUUGUGCACGUCGCGUCGCAGCUGGGCGUCGUCGCGCGUCCGGCGGCGGCGGCCUACUGCGCGUCCAAGUCGGCCAUUAUCAACAUGACGCGCGCGGACGCCAUUGAUUACUCAAGGGACCAGAUUAGGGUGAACUGUGUGUGUCCAGGAGUCAUUGCGACGCCCAUGACGACGGGUAGCCAGGAGGUCGAGGACAGGCUGAGGAGCGCGAUUGACAUUGCGCCCAUGGGGCGGAUGGGCACGCCCGAGGAGAUCGCGGACACGGUCGUCUUUCUGAGCAGCAAGGAGGCGGCGUUUGUGCAGGGGCAUGCGUUGGUGGUGGAUGGAGGGUAUACCAUUAACUAG